CCAUCAUCAUCUUCUUCCUCUGCAAUGCAAACCCUAGUUCUUCUCCUUAGGGUUUAACACCUACACUCAAUCAUCGACGAAAACCAUUUCAACCCACUGCAAUUCAGCCAUACAUAAUCGCGAUUCUUGUUUGGCGUACCCAUCUGGGGUUCCGUUGAGAUGGUCACGAACUCGAGAACCGAUGCUUCUACCUCUGAGACAGUGAAGAAGACCAUCCAAUCUAUUAAGGAGAUAGUUAAGGAUCACUCUGAUGCUGAUAUUUACGUCGCCUUGAAAGAAGCCAACAUGGAUCCUAAUGAAACCACCCACAAAUUGCUUAACCAAGAUCCUUUUCAUGAAGUGAAGAGAAAAAGAGAUCGGAAGAAAGAGAGUGUGGAGUACAAUGGUGUUGAACCAAGAAAACAUCCAGAGAAUGUUGUUCAACGAGUGAAAUUCCAAGCAUAUCCUGAUCGUAGUGCUCGAAGAGGAAGCUAUACUCGGAAUCCUUUCCGUGCUGCAGGAAUCAGCAGAGAGUUCCGUGUUGUCAGGGAUAAUAGACUUACACAAAAUGCAAACAAAGAAUCGGAGCCUCCUUUGCCACAAUCCACAACUUCCACUGGUGAGCCAGUGGUUGUUAAUGUUGCUGAAAAGGGUUCAAUUGGUGGUGGUUCUAGUUCACCUCAAGCUUCUGAUGUUUUGUCCAAUUUGCUACCUAGACAUGCUCAGGAUGCAAAUUCAAAUGGUACUAUUAGAAAAGAUGCACUGGAUGAAAAGCAAACUGCGGUCUCUAAUCCUUCUUCAUGGUCACAAACUGGGAAGCCCAACAAUUUUCAAUCUAAUUCUGGUGUGCAGUCAUCGAGUAGUUCUGUUGUAGGGGUAUAUUCCUCUUCUACAGACCCUGUUCAUGUGCCUUCUCCUGAAUCAAGAUCAUCUGGUGCUGUUGGAGCCAUAAAGCGUGAAGUUGGGGUUGUGGGUGUACGCCGUCAACCUUUUCAAAAUGCUGUCAAAGAUUCUUCUGUACCAAGUAGUUCCCUCUCAAAUUCUCAUUCGGGAAGAGACAAUUCUUCAGAGUCAUUCAGACAUUUUCCUACAAUUUCUAAGGCAGACCAGCUUGGUCACACUACCGCCACUGGCUCCAUCAUGUCCAGCAUUUCUGGAAGCAAAUCAGUCUUAAGCAAUCAGUAUGGGAACAGGCCACAUCAACAAGUUGCAGGUCAUCAAAAAGCUACCCAACAUAAAAUAGAGUGGAAGCCAAAGUCAAGCCGAAAAUCAAUUACCAAUAACCCUGGCAUUAUUGGAGCACCCAAAAAGUCUGCAUUUCCAUCUGUCUGUGUUAAUAAUGUUAAGGACUUGGAGUCAGAAGCAGCAAAAUUGCAAGAUAAGCUUUCCCAAGUAAAAAUAUAUGAAGAUGAGAAUGUAAUCAUAGCGCAACAUAUUCGAGUCCCAGAGAAUGACCGCUGUCAACUGACUUUUGGAAGCUUUGGUGUGGAACCAGAUUCUUCAAGGAGCUAUGGACCUGGAUUUCAGGACAUUGGUGUUGCUGAAGAUAGAAAUGGUGAAUCUGUUUCAAGUGAUGAUGAUGCAGGUAGCAAGCCAGCAGAUGGUCCUGAUGAUCAAGUUAGAAAUUCUGGAUCUGGUUCUCCAGCAUCUUCUCCUGAGCAUCAUUUGCCUCAUAGAAGGGACAGUGCAAGUCCUCAGAAUUCAGAUAGUUAUACAGAUAUUGGAUUAGUCCAAGACAAUAAUCAAUCCUAUGCUCCACAAGAGUCGCAUCAACAGGAAGAUCCUCCCGAGUUACCCAGCUUUUCUGCAUAUGAUCCCCAAACUGGUUAUGAUAUAUCAUAUUUCAGACCCACAAUGGAUGAUGCUACAAGAGGAAAUGGUCUACCAUCCACUCAGGAGGUUUUAAAUUCACAUAUUGCCAACAGCAUUUCUGCAUCCACAUUAGCAAUGGUACAACAGCAGCAGCCACCAGUGGCCCAGAUGUAUCCUCAAGUUCACGUUUCCCAUUUUGCCAAUCUUAUGCCAUAUCGGCAGUUUCUCUCCCCAGUUUACGUACCACAGAUGACCAUGCCUGGAUAUUCCAGCAACCCUGGCUAUGCACACCCAUCCAAUGGCAGCAGCUACUUGCUCAUGCCUGGAGGUAGUUCUCUUAAGUAUGGCAUUCAACAAUUUAAGCCAGUUCCUGCUGGCAGUCCCACUGGGUUCGGCACUUUUGCUAGUCCAACAGGAUAUGCCAUCAACGCUCCUGGUGUGGUUGGGAAUGCAAAUGGGCUUGAAGAUUCAUCUCGGAUCAAGUAUAAAGAUGGCAAUAUGUAUGUUUCAAAUCAACAGGCUGAUGCAUCAGACCUCUGGAUUCAGAACCCUAGGGAGCUCCAAGGCAUGCAAUCAGCUCCAUACUACAAUAUGCCCGGACAAACGCCUCAUGGUGCUUAUCUGCCGUCACACACAGGUCAUGCUUCAUUUAAUGCAGCUGCAGCACAAUCCUCUCACAUGCAAUUCCCAGGAUUGUACCACCCUCCCUCCCAGCCUGCUGCAAUGGCAAAUCCACAUCAUCUGGGUCCUGCCAUGGGCGCAAAUGUUGGUGUUGGGGUAGCUCCAGCUGCUCCUGGCGCACAAAUUGGUGCUUACCAACAGCCCCAAUUGGGUCAUCUUAAUUGGACAACAAACUUCUGAGGGAACAAUCAAGCUUAACCUUUUCUCGUGUAAGGGAGUGAAGCUGUUACAAAAAAUUCUAGUUCUCUGUGAAAUAACCAACAAUAUCCUCAAUUAAUCUUUUCAAUCAAUAUGCCUUCCAUUC